CUGCCUCUGUGUAACUCUCUUGGCAUCUGAGGUGAAAGCUUGUCACCAUGGUGGUCAGUCAAUCAGUCGUUGGUCGUACCAACGCCGAGAAGCCUCAUGGCUUGAUGGGCAUGCUCAAGAAUCCCUAUGUUUUUAUGACAUGUGCGUUCGCCUCCCUGGGUUGUAUCAUGUAUGGAUAUGAUCAGGGUGUCAUGAGCCCCGUCCUGGUCAUGGAAAACUUUGAGAACCAUUUUCCGUACUUCAUGGGCUCAACCGUUCAGGGUUGGCUGGUCGCUUCUUUGGAACUGGGUGCCUGGGCUGGUGCACUGUUCAAUGGUUACCUUGCGGAUCGCAUUUCUCGCAAGUACUCUAUGAUGGUGGCUGUGGUGAUUUUCACUCUGGGCUCUAGUCUUCAGGCUGGCGCCCAGAAGCCGUCGUACUUCUUUGCUGGUCGUAUCGUUGGCGGUAUCGGCAUUGGAAUGUUCAGUCAGGUUAUUCCACUCUAUCAAGCUGAGAUUGCGCCUCCAGAGCUGAGAGGCUCGCUGGUGUCUCUGCAACAACUGUCUAUCACCAUCGGCACAUCAAUCGCCUUCUGGCUGGAUUAUGGAAUGCAAUACGUCGGCGGCACUACCUGCAACCCCGAAGGCAUCGCCAACCCCUACCUCGCCGAUGGCACCUACAACGCUGCGCAGAACCACGGACACACUUGCUUGGGACAGAAGACCAUCGCGUGGCGCCUGCCCCUCGCCCUGCAGAUUUUGUUUGCCUGGAUCCUGUUCUUCGGAAUGUUCUUCUUCCCCUUCUCCCCUCGCUGGCUGAUGUCCAAGCACCGCGAAGAAGAAGCGACGGCCGCACUCUCCAAGCUCAGAAGACUGCCGCCCAAUGAUCCCCUUUUGCGCGCUGAGAUCCUCGAAAUCAAGGCUGCUGUUCUUUUUGAUGAGGAAUCUGAGGCUGAAGCCAUCCGUCAGGGUGGCAAGCUUGCUCCCUGGAAGAUGCUUUUUGCUCCGAACAUGUUCAAGCGUCUUGUUCUGGGCUGUGGAGCCAUGAUCUUCCAACAAUUCACCGGAAUCAAUGCUGUCCUUUACUACGCCCCUCAGAUCUUCUCAUCUUUCGGUUUCUCCUCCACUAAACAAACCCUCCUGGCCACCGGUGUCACCGGUAUCCUGCAGAUCAUCUUCACCCUGCCCGCGGUGCUCCUGCUCGAUAAAUUUGGUCGUAAGACCUUCCUGAUUACCGGAGCCGUCGGCAUGUUCUGCUGUCACAUUGUGGUCGCCAUCGUGGAGGGUCUGUACGAAGAUAACUGGAACCUGAACCUGGGUCUGGAUAAGCCCCAGGGAUGGGUCGCAAUCGCGUUCAUCUGGCUGUUUGCUGUCAACUUCGCCUACUCUUGGGGCCCCGUCACAUGGGUCCUUGCCCAGGAAAUCUUCCCCAACAGCACUCGCUCCCGCGGUGUCUCCAUCGUCGCCUCGACCAACUGGAUGUUCAACUUCGUCAUUGGUCUGACCACCAAGGACAUGCUGAAAUCCAUGAAGUACGGUACUUAUAUCUUCUUUGCCAUCUUCAGUGCUCUGGGUGGCCUUUUCAUCUGGAAGUUCGCCCCCGAGACUAAGGAUAAGACCCUCGAGGAAUUGGAUAUCUUCUUCGGUGGCGGUAUGGAGAGUAUUGCCGAGGCGGAUCGUCAGCGCAUGGAGAGAAUCUAUGAUAGUCUGGGAUUGAGUGGUGUUAAGGAGGUCGGCGAUUUGGUGGAGAAAGAGAAGGGAGAGAUCACGGGUGAGGUUGUGGAGAUGUCGUAGAUUGGCUUGGCUUGGCUGCUUUACGGCAGACAAUGAGGCGGGUACGGUGAAAGGGUGUGUUUGCAGUUGAGGUGUGUGGUGUGUGAAGUCUUCGUCUGUGGUAAUGUGUUUUUAAUGUGUUGAUGGAUUAAGUGACUGAUAAUACUGAAAUUGUG